AUGUCAGAAUAUAAUUAUGACGAAGAAGGCGAGACGUGGCCAUUCUUUGUUUUGGCGAUAUUGUCAUUUAUUUUGAUACCGAUGACGAUAACUUAUGUCACGAGGGUAGUUUCAGCAGACCCCGACAAGGUCAAUGCCGCAAUCAAGGGCUCGAUCAAGGAGAAUUCCGCCAGUAUCAAUGUCCCCAAUUUAAGCAACAUCAAUGCAUACAAGAGCAAGCAAAGAUCGCUGAAAAUUUUCAACAAGACUUUGCUCGUGUUGAUUGUUGGAUGGGCCACUGUUGUUUACAUUGCAAAGUAUUUGACUAAAGAAGGGGACAUGUCCGGUAUGUUUGACCCGUACACGAUCUUGGAUGUCUCGUUUACUGCUAGUGAAAAGCAAAUCAAGAGCCAUUACAGAAAGUUGUCGUUGAAAUACCACCCGGAUAAAUUGCCUAGAGAUUUAACGGAGGAGGCGAGACUCAAGAUGGAGCAGGAGUAUAUCAAGUUGACCAGCGCUUACAAGGCUCUCACUGAUGAAGCCACCAGGGAAAAUUUCCUCAGAUACGGCCACCCUGAUGGAGAGCAGCCGAUAACUCAUGGGAUUGCCUUGCCCAAAUUCUUGGUCGAGGGUAAAUACUCGUCUGUCGUGGUUGUCAUUUACUUUGUACUCAUUGGGAUCUUGUUGCCGGUGAUUGUCGGCAAGUGGUGGAGCAAUGUCAAGAACCACACGAGAAAGGGGUUGCAUGUUAGAACUGCCGGUGACAUUGUUCUUAAAUUCGCCGAUAAAGAUCCAGCAAAAGUCAUUACUCCAGAUACCAUUUUGGACUACAUUUUGGAGAGUGAAGAAGUACUGGAGCUUUUACCCACGUUGAAUUUGGCGGAAAAGAGAGCUUUGGUUGAGUCGCAUUUCGAUCGAAGUUUCAGUCUGGAUAACGCCAAGGAGCAGCAGAAGAUUGACUUGCUUGCCAUACUUCCGUUUUUAAUCGAUGGUUUGGUUGAUAUCGCCAUUGCUUUCAAGUUGCACGAAGCGAUUUUCGCAGCAGAGGAUUUGAAAAAAGCGCUUAUCCAAGCUGUUCGCCCAAAUGGUAAAUAUCAAGACAUUUUACAGCUUCCUUUUGUUGAUCGAGAUGUUGUGGUUAAGCAGCCAGUCAAGAAGUUGGGCAAGCUCCUUACCUUGUCUGCUGAAGAUGCCAAAACCGCAUUGGGGAUCACUGACGACAAGAAGUUGGAAAAAGCCUUGUCUGUCGCACGGCUGCUUCCUACACUUCGAGUAGUUGAUGCUGCGAUUAUGGUCCCGGGAGAAGAUGGCUCGGUUCCACCCCAUUCAAAUGCUCAUGUUUCUGUCAAGUUCUUGGUCAAGUCGCCCAAUUUGAAAUCUUGUCCCGAGAUUAGCGACGAGCGAUUAAAGGAUGAAGAAACAUUGGAAUACAUGAAAAACCCCAUGAUUGUCAAUGAGCAGCAACCAAAAUUACCAUAUGCAUAUGCACCAUAUUUCCCGCAAUCAGUACGAAAUAAAUGGUCUUGUUAUCUCAUUGCACAAAAGGAAAACAAGUUGGUUGAAGGAAGCAAUUCUUACCUGUUGGAGAAUAUCGAUCUUUCAAAUUUGAGUUUGAAUCAAGAAGAGUGGAUCGCGGGUGACAAGGUUGUGGUUAGCACGUUUAAAUUUCCCUAUCCAACAGCCGUUGGUAAUGUUGGCACAUACAACUUUAGAUUGGUGAUGAAGAAUAAUAUCUAUUUUGGUGCUGAUGUUGACAUUCCAGUUGACUUGGAAGUUACUCCAAUGUCGAAAGAAAAGAGUUUAGCUGGUAUUAAAAAGAUGAUGGACGCCAAGAAGAAGAAGGAGGAGAAGGCGGAAGCAGAUGGCGACGAGGGUGAAGACGAGUCGGAGGAGGAAGAAGAAGAGUCAGAUAGCGAUAUAUCGGAUCCAGAGGAGGAUAGUUUAGCUGGUGCAUUAGCAGCAUUGAGAGGUGAAGUUGCCAAAAAUGCGAAAAAGAGCAAGAAAGUAGAUGAGGGAGAAGAUGGUGACCAAGAGGAAGAAGUGGAAGAGGAUGUAUUUACGGAUAUCAACACAGACACAGAAGAUGAAGAAGGAACUAGCUAA